AUAGACGUCUCUCCCCUUAAAUCCUAUAACGUGAGAACCAGAGCAGGUUCACCAAUCGCAAUCCGGCCGCGUCAAAUCGGAUCUCAGUGCUCUCCGCUCUCACCCUUAUUCUUCCGUCGACCUUGAUACUGUGCUCGGCCUCAGAAUUUGAAAUUUAUCGCGCUUGCAUUGGUAUACUAUACCUAAUUAGGGAAUGUUUUCUGGAUUGAAAUUCAUCCCUCGUGAUCAGAUCAAUAAGGAUGAGAACUUAGAUUCUUCCUUGAAAGAGAGGAACAAAUCUGAUGCUAGAAAGAAAAAGAGUAAGAGUAAAAGGAAGAGCUCUAGAUAUGACUCUUCAGAUGAUGAGAGUCUUGAAAAGAUCAAAAGGGCUUCUGGAAAGAAGAAGUGGUACUCCUCGGAAGAAGAUUCUUCAUCAAGUGAAAGUUCACAGGACAAAAAGAAGCGUAAGAAAAGGACACGAAAGAGAACUUAUGAUAAUUGGUCUGAUGACUCUGGAGAAAGGUCAAAAAGAAGAUUAAGGUCGAGGAGCGGUAAAAAAGAAUAUACAUCUGAAGAAGGUUCUUCAUCAACUUCUGAUGAUAGUGAUAGCUUUUUGGAUGGACAAGCAAAGCCUAAAAAGACCCAAAGAAACGAUGGGAGUCAAAAGAACAAGAUAAAAGAGGAAGGUAUAAAUAUUGCACCAAAUUCAUUAAGUGAGAAGGAGAUCGCAAGAAAAGAAAUGGGAUUAGAGUGGAUGCUUCGGUCUGAAAAUAAGAGGCCUGCAGAACCAAUUGAAAAAAUAGCAGAGCAACCUUCAGUUGAGGAGACAGAGACUGUGAAUCCCAAGGAAUUGAAUCCAUACCUGAGAGAUGAUGGAAGUGGUUACCCAGAAGAUAGUGAUGGGGUUAAAGCUGGUGCAGACCAACUCUUAUCUUCUUCCCUUGUUGGGGAUGGCGGAGCCAGCUGGAGACUUAAAGCAUUGAAGCGGGCACAAGAGCAAGCAGCUCGAGAGGGACGAAGGCUGGAGGAGGUUGUGGGAGAAAGAUGGGGUUCACUUGGUGGUUUGACUGCAUCUUUGGCAUCUCAUGCAGCAGCCCCAUCUCGUUCUCAUUUGCGUGCCAUUAAAAGCAGGAAGAGAGGACUGACCGAAGAAGAAACACUAGAUUCAGAUAAUCAUGGAAAGGACACUAAAAGGGAUUACUUGAAGGAUGUAUCUGUCCGACACCGUGAAAUGAGGGCGCCUAAAAUUCGAGAUUCUUUAUCCUGGGGUAAGCGUAAAAGUCAAGCUGUUGCAGCUGAGGAUGCAAGGAUUAUUUCUGCAGCAGCAUCUAGCAUAAACAAGUUUGCUAACGAUGGUAACUUUAUGGAUGAGUUCCUUUCCGAGAAGAAGAAUGAUUUUGAUGGGCAUGUUCAGGAAGAUAUCAAGGUGGAAAGCUCUCCAUCAGAUGCUGACAGACCUGCCCAGAUGAGUCCUAAUAUUAAAGAGCAAGAUCCACAUACACCAGGCCUUGGGGAUGGGAUGAGUGCGAACCAGUUGGCAGCUAAGGCUAUGCAGCUGCGUUUAAAGGGAAAGCAUGAAGAAGCUGAGAAAUUAUUGCAAAAGUCUAAGAGCAUGACCACAAAACCAAGCAAUCAAGAUCAAAUAAUCAGGCCAAGAACCGACGGAAGUGCUAGCAGAUAUGCCAAGCAGAGCAUAUCCUUUCAGCAGAAAAAAGGAGAGGAUGAUGCUGAUAUGCAUCUUGCUCAGAAGAUUAUGCAGAACAAGCAGUUUAAAAUUUCUAGUCGGGCAGAUGAUGAGUAUGACUAUGAAGAUGGUGAAAGCAGAAAGAGCCGAAAGAAGAGAGAUAGCAAUGACCAUAAAACGGCUCAAAAGAACACUCUUGCUAAGCGGAUUUUGACCCAGCAAGAGCGUUGCCUCUUUUGUCUAGAGAAUCCUAAUCGUCCCAUGCAUCUCGUCGUUUCGAUAGCAAAUCACACAUAUCUGAUGUUGCCAAAGUGGCAGCCUGUGGUGCCUGGCCAUUGUUGCAUUUUACCCAUUCAGCAUGAAUCAGCUACAAGAACUGUGGAUGACACUGUGUGGACUGAAAUUCGGAACUUCAAGAAAUGCCUCAUUAUGAUGUUUGCAAAGCAAGAGAAGGAGGUGGUGUUUCUUGAAACUGUGAUGGGAUUGGCACAACAGCGUCGCCAUUGUAUGAUUGAAUGCAUUCCCUUGCCCCAGGAUAUUGCCAAAGAGGCUCCUUUGUACUUUAAGAAGGCAAUUGAUGAAGCUGAAGAUGAGUGGAGCCAGCACAAUGCCAAAAAGCUCAUCGAUACAAGUCAAAAGGGAUUGCGGAAUUCUAUUCCCAAGCAUUUCCCUUACUUCCACGUUGAGUUUGGACUGAACAAAGGUUUUGUGCAUGUUAUAGAUGAUGAGAAGCAGUUCAAUAGCAACCUUGGCCUUAAUGUCAUCAGGGGAAUGCUGCAUCUGGCUGAGGAGGACAUGUACCGGCGCCGGCGUUAUGAGGCAGUGGAUGUGCAAAAACAAGCAGUUGCCAGCUUCUUAAAAGAGUGGGGCCCCUUUGACUGGACAAAGCAGCUUCAUGAAGGGUGAUUUUACCUAUCAUUUGGUUAUAAGGAUGCCCCAUACAUAGGAGCAAUAGCCAAUAAUAUCUUUCAAACGUUGAGCCGCCUCAGUUAGGAUCUUUUAAAAACGCAAUGCCUCUAGCGUCGCCUUUUGCAAUUAACUAAGGUCCUGUUUGGCAAAGCGAUAGAAAUCAGUUAUAAGCAUGUUUUAUGUAAACUAAGACAAAACUCAUCUCACAUACUUAUCUCGUAUUUUGUAAAUCACCAUUAAAAAGUUAUUUAUAAGCCAUCGGCUCUAAACCUUGUCUUGGUUUUUCUGUAGAUACCUAAGAAUCCUGUUGACAGUUGUGUGUGGGGGUGAGAAAAUUAGCUUUCCAAUUGUACGAUUGGGUUUAAUGGUUCCAUUGGAAUAUUUGCAAGCCUAGCUAUCAGCAGCUCAGUCUCCUUUAA